CCUAACCCUUGCCACCUAACUUGCUGCUGAAGUAAAUGGCUGCCUGCAUUUGCUACAUCUAGAUCCCUGUCUCUGCCAGCCGCUUACCCGUUUCCAGCAGGCUGUGGCCUGUACGGACUUCGUAUCUGAUGAGAGGAUACGGUAGAGCCGUCAGAGGUGCACCUCCAAGCACAACCACAGCAUGCAACAAAGCAAAACCCCAGUCCAAAAGAAGGAUUCAGGAUGGUCAGCACUAAUCCUGAUAUCAGCUUCCCAGGUUCCCGGGAUGUCUCUACAUUUAGGGCAGCUGCGGCUAAGUGACUGAAAUGUCAUACCCCGAUUAGACCCCUCAUUCCCCCCUCGUCUCAUCUCUCUCUCGCGUCUCUCCCUACCUCUCUCUCUCAUCCUCCUCCACGAACCUCUCAUCCUCACCGACGCCGUUGAUAUUCACCAUGGGCUACGUCUACACCGCGCUCAUUCUCCUGCCGUGCCUAUUCGUGGCCUCUCACCUAUGGGCCCUCCAAAAGAACUACCGGGCCGCCCUCCUCACGGGGCUGCCCAUCGUUGUGAUUCCCUAUAAUCCUGACAGCGCCAUCCACACAAUCUUCUCCGUGCCCCUCCGGCCAGUCCUCCGGCGCGUCCUCCCUGCCCGCGUCUAUGACGCCGUCUCCCUCGUCAUCCUCGGCUGGGAGUUUCUCAACGAGGCAGCCAUACACGAACGCCUUGGUCCGGCCUUUGUCAUCGUCACCACCACCCAGAAUCAGCUCAUCUGCGCCGACCCGGCCAUGGCCCAGUUCGUGCUGGCGAAGCGCAACGACUUCGUCCAGGGCGACGUCUUGAAGCGGAUCAUAGGGUUCGCGGGGGGCAACGUCCUGACGUCCAACGGUGACUCCUGGUCCCGCCAGCGCCGCAUCGUCGCCACGGCCCUCAACGAGCGCAUCAGCUCCGGCGUCUGGAAAGAGACGGCAGCCCAAGCCUCCUCCCUCACUGAAUUCCUCCUGUCCUCCUCCUCCUCGUCCCCGUCCGCCGCCGAUCCCGGGCCUGGUCCUGACGCUGUCCCCGGCGGAACCGCCGACACCAUCCCCGGCCUCCGCGCUGUCGCCAUCAACGUCCUCAGCCACGUCGCCUACGGUGUCCGCAAGCCCUUCGCCCUUAUAUCACUGCCCCGCGACCCAAAGGCCGACAUAACGUACGUCGACGGCAUCUCCCUCUGCGCCAGCCUCCUCGUCGUCGCCGCCCUCGUCCCGCGCUGGAUCCUUUGUCUCCCCGUCAUGCCCAAGCUCCUGCAGACCCUCGGCGUCGCCCGCGAGCGCCUGCCGGACCUGACGCGGGACGUGCUCGACCAGGAGCGCCAGCGGGCCGCCGAAAGAACGGCCGACGGCGCAGAUGGCCAAGCCGGGCCGCCCACCAUCAUGAGCCUGAUCAUCCGCCUCUCCGACCAGGAAAAGAAGCACCAAGCCGCCUCCGACGCCCCCGCUGUCUCCCCGGAGAAGAAGGCUGGCCCCAGCGGCAGCGCCAUGAUCAACAAGACGCACCUCACCGAGGAAGAGAUCGGCGGCAACCUCUUCGUCUUCACCAUCGCCGGCUUUGACACCACCGCCAACACGCUCGCCUACGCCGUCACCCUCCUCGCGGCGUAUCCGGAGUGGCAGACCUGGAUCCAGGCCGAGAUCGACGCCGUCCUCGGGCCCGCGCCGUCGGGAGCCGGGAGCGACGACGAGCUGCCGGACUACGCGGCUGCGUACCCGAAACUGGUGCGGUGCUUGGCCAUCAUGGUAAGUCGGACACACUCGCUGGUCUACCGCCCCCAAACCAUGACAGACUUCCAAAGACUAACGCAACCCCCUCCCCCUCUCCCGUGCACCAGUUCGAGGUCCUCCGCCUCUUCCCGCCCCUGACGCAUGUCAUGCGCUCCACAGAAACCACCCAGACCAUGCCCAGCCCCCCUGCGUCCGCGUCGUCGUCGCCAUCCGAAUUCGCGUUCGGCGCCGCCCCCGCCAUCGUCUACAUCAACACCGUCGCCCUGCACACCGCCCCCUCGACCUGGGGCCCCGACGCCCUCGCCUUCAAGCCCUCCCGCUGGCUCCCGCCCGCCAACGCUGCCCCACAAGAAGAAGAAGAAGAAGAAGAAGAUGGGAAGCAGAACCCGACCCCGCCUCAGUUCUUCACCCCGCCGCGCGGCACCUACCUCCCCU